AUGUCGCGACUGUCCCGGUUAUUUGACAAGUCUAAACAGACUCAAGCCGUUACCUCAGAAAAUCCAGGCAACUCGGCCUGGACUGAAGUCGGCAAUGCGGCCGACCAUCUUCUGGCAGAGCUUGAAUCUCUCUACUGGACUGGUGUCAACCAAGAACUGGACUGCAUUGCUUCCACCUUACGACAAUGGCAGCAACGCCAGUUCCAGCAUAUCCGCCCAGACGCAGACAAUACACUGGUCAACGGCUUCGACACCUUCAUAGCCAAUGUCCUCCAGCGGCCAACCGCGACACCUCCCAAGCUAGCCUCCCAAGAAUCCACCAGGAUCGACGACAAAGGGUGCCUGGUCAGGAGCGCAGAAAUCCGUGCGAUGGAGCUGGCAGCAGCGAAGAUCAGGACGCGCGUGAAUGUCGACGUCCAUAAAUGCCUGACACAACGUCCUGUUGAGACAGAUGCCGCUAAGCGACGAGCACGGUUGCUUCUUCAAGCAGCUGGAUUCUUGGAUAUCGAGAAAACAAUUGAGCACUCACCAGCAGGAAAUACGCCCAGCCCUCUCACUCCGCAGCUACAAAUGACCAAGAAAGGCUUCAAGGGGUGUCUGGCCAUCUCAGUCCUCCCUUGUAGUGAAUGCAAGCGUGUCAUCCGAGGGAGUAUGUAUCAAGCCACUGGUGUGUCCACCCAGACAAUCUGCGAAGAUUGCUACUGGGAGCAUCAUUACAGAGACCCUUCGUUCACCAAACAGUACAAGCAUUCCAUCGCGUCUGAGGUUACCGCCGGGAUCAGUAAGCAUGCUCGCUGCAGUUCUUGUCGAAAACAUCGGAAUGACAUUCAACGGCCGUAUGAGCUACAGACUAAAACAGAGGUGCAUAUGCUGGCCGACGCGAAGUACUUGAGUGUCAAGGACUUACAGAAGAAGUCAGGUCUUGGAGCUAGACCUACUCCCUUGGCCAAGGUUAUUCAAAAUGACUACAAGAGUCGGCCUAACAUCUACUAUGCCGCUUCGAGGUCUGGCGAGAUGCGCCUGGUGGGGGACGAGUGGCUGUACAAGGAUUUCGUGCAGGAGAAUCCAUGGAAGAACAUUCGCGUGGCCGUUCGGGUUGGGCCACUGGUCAUUGAGAAUGGCAGUAAAGAGAGUCGAAAUGGGGCCGGAAUAUCCCUCCGCGAUCCAAUUUUCGGACAAGAGCAGCAAAAGGCGGACCUCACUUGCCUUGCCAUCUGUGGAGAGACAGAAAGACAGCUAUGGCGCCAUGCCAGCGCUCGUCCGCAGAAACGGAAACGCUUCCAAGCGGUGCUGAAGCAAGUCGUCGGGACUCCUUUCACCGGCUGGCCGUUGUCGGCGGCUGAGGAGGAGAUCAUCGAGCUGCUGGUGAAAGCGAGCAGGGACAGCACCGAGGGUACACGCCAGGAACUGCACAACAGAGUUAAAGCGUUCUUCAGUCCAUGGGUGUCGGUUUACUUCAAAAGUAUUGUGGGGAAGUUACUUGACAGCAAGACCACACUCGCAUGGGACGGAUUGGCCAAUAACUGCCAGCAAUUCUGUGACUCACUGAUCGACUGGCAAGAAUUUGGGUCACUCCUCGCUCAGUCCUCGAUCACUGGCUCCGACAAGGAUCGCCCGGAACCACUCUACCGCAUGAGCUUCGUCUGUCGCCGUCGCGCAACACAGGAUCCAUUCCAACACCCAGACACCAUCAUCAACGUCCCAUACGGACUGACAGAGGAGUAUAUCCGCCGCUUUCACUUUGGCUGCUACGCCGGCCCCGACCUGAUCGAUUCACUGCACGAGUACUGGUUCGACUGGGGCGGAUUCAACAGACACCUCUAUCCCAAUCAAAACCUCUUCCCCUGGGACUGCACCGAAGCACUGCACCGCUACCCCGUCAAAUGCGGCGCCUGCACCCUCUCUAAGCACGUCUGGGCCUUCCCCUUCGACUCCUGGUCAAUCAUCUCCCUGCACCUAUCCAGAGACAGAUUCACCUAUCCUGCCUCCGAACCGAGUCCGACUUCUACCCGCGAAGCAUCAUGGAUAAACAACCGCCUCACCCUCCUCACAGCCCUCGACUCCCUCUCCGCCGGUGCAACAGCCAUGUCCCAGAGCCAGCAGUUCAAGCUAUGGCUCCAACCUCAAUCCAGCCCAUCAGCCGAUCGAAUCAAACUAGGUGGUAUCAACCGCGCACAGCCAUGCAGCCAUGCGCUGGAGCACCGCACCCACGAUGACUUCUUUGUCGCAAGGUGGGUUUCCAACUAUCAGUCCUCCAUAAGGGCCUACGAAACCAUGCGGGAUAAGCGGUACUUGCCGGUGACGAUACAGGAAAGGGAAUUGGUGUUCUGGGGCAUUGAGGGGGGGGAGCCGCCGGGAGAGUAUCCAACUUGGGUGGUGCAGUACUCGCAGGUUCCGAAUGCGAACUUUUCAGUGUCUGUCGGUCAUACUACUGGGCGACUGCGGCUGCUUGUGGUGCGAACUGUGGUGCGAGCUGUGGGAGUGGUGGUGCAGGUGGUGAAGGCGGGGGCUGCGGUGGCGGAGAGGGCGGAGGAGGCGGCGGGAGUGGAGGAGGAAGUGGAGGAGGAGGGAGCGGAGGAGGGGGAAGUGGAGGAGGUGGGAGUGGAGGGGGAGGGAGUGGAGGGGGAUGAUGUGGAGGAAGUUGAUAUUCAGGUGUUCGUAUGGCUGGGCCUUUCGAUCUACCUCAGCAGCAUCUCAUAUGAAUGGUCAUCGUCUACGGAGUAG